AUGAAAGGAGACAACCACGAAUGUGAGCCGCUUGGCGAUUUAGCAAAUGCUUCUGAUUUCCCCGAUUAUGCAGCUGCUUUUGGAAAUUGCACUGAUGAAAAAGUCCCACUCAAGAUGCACUACCUGCCUGUUAUUUACAGCAUCAUCUUCCUUGUGGGCUUCCCAGGGAACGCAGUAGCAAUUUCCACCUACAUUUUCAAAAUGAGGCCCUGGAAGAGCAGCACUGUCAUCAUGCUGAACCUGGCCUGCACGGACCUGCUGUACCUAACCAGCUUCCCUUUCCUGAUUCACUACUAUGCCAGUGGCGAAAACUGGAUCUUUGGUGAUUUCAUGUGCAAGUUCAUCCGCUUCAGCUUCCAUUUCAACCUGUACAGCAGUAUCCUCUUCCUCACCUGUUUCAGCAUCUUCCGCUAUGUUGUCAUUAUUCACCCGAUGAGCUGCUUUUCCAUCCACAAAACUCGAUGGGCAGUGGUGGCCUGUGCUGUGGUGUGGAUCAUUUCACUGGCAGCCGUCAUUCCCACCACCUUCCUGAUCACAUCAACCACCAGGACCAAUAGAUCAGCCUGUCUUGACCUCACCAGUUCGGAUGAUGUCACUACUAUCAAAUGGUAUAAUCUAAUUCUGACUGCAACCACUUUCUGCCUUCCUUUGGUGAUAGUGACACUUUGCUAUACAACGAUCAUCUACACCUUAACCCAAGGACCUCGGACCCACAGCUGCUUUAAGCAGAAAGCUCGAAGGUUAACCAUUCUGUUACUGCUCGUGUUUUAUAUAUGUUUUUUACCCUUCCAUAUCUUGAGGGUCAUUCGGAUUGAAUCUCGCUUGCUUUCUAUCAGCUGCUCCAUUGAGAAUCAGAUCCAUGAAGCUUACAUCGUUUCUAAACCUCUAGCUGCCCUCAACACCUUUGGAAACCUGUGUCUGUAUGUGGUGGUCAGUGACAACUUUCAACAGGCCAUCUGCUCAAUAGUGAGAUGCAAAGCAUGUGGGGACCUCGAGCAAGAAAAGAAAAUCAGUUACUCAACCAACCCUUGA